CUAGUUUCUGUCCAUCGUCCUCGCAAUUGGCUAUUUCCCUUCUACCAAAACACCUGUUAGAGUUUCCAUUUCCUCCAAACCUUAGCUGAUUUUGAAGAAAAAGAAGGAAAGAAAUCGAAAAUGGACGCGUUUGGCGGUUACUUCUCCGACGUUAUGGCAGAGGCCGUGGAGAAGGUUUUCCUGGAUUUUCUCAAGAGCUUUAGACUAGAUGGGCAAAAUAAUAUGGGAGAAGCCUAUUACGAGGCAGAAAUUGAAGCCAUGAGAGCCAGUGAAUCCACUACCAUGUUCAUUGAUUUCUCUCACGUUAUGCGUUUCGAUGAUGAUCUCCAGAAAGCUGUUGCUAAUGAGUACUUGAGGGUUGAACCUUACUUGAAGAAUGCGUGCAAGAGGUUCGUUAUGGAGAUUAAGCCUCAAUUCAUAUCUGAUGAUAAUCCUAAUAAGGAUAUUAAUGUUGCCUUCUUCAAUAUCCCUUUCUCUAAGCGGUUGAGAGAGCUAACUACAGCAGAAAUUGGCAAACUAGUAUCUGUGACUGGAGUGGUGACUCGCACAAGUGAGGUGAGGCCAGAGCUUCUGCAAGGAGCUUUCAGGUGUUUGGAAUGUGGUGGUGUCAUAAAGAAUGUUGAGCAGCAGUUCAAAUAUACUGAGCCGACAAUAUGUGUAAAUGCAACAUGCAAUAACAGAACAAAAUGGGCGUUGCUCAGACAAGAUAGCAAAUUUGCUGAUUGGCAGAGGGUCAGAAUGCAGGAAACUUCAAAAGAGAUUCCUGCAGGCUCCCUUCCCAGAUCUUUGGAUGUUAUUCUUCGCCAUGAUAUUGUUGAACAGGCCAGAGCUGGUGAUACGGUUAUUUUCACAGGUACUGUGGUUGUAAUACCAGACAUAUCAGCCUUGGCAUCCCCGGGAGAGCGAGCAGAAUGUCGUCGAGAAGCACCUCAACGUAAGAAUUCUACUGUUGGACAAGAAGGCGUGAGGGGUCUGCGAGCAUUGGGAGUGAGAGACCUCUCAUAUCGCCUUGCAUUUAUUGCUAAUUCAGUGCAGGUUAGUGAUGGAAGGAGGGAUACUGACAUCAGGAAUCGAAAGAAGGAUGUUGACGAAGAUGACAACCAGCAGUUCAUAGCAGAGGAGCUAGAUGAAAUUCAAAGAAUGAGAAAUACCCCUGAUUUCUUCAACAAGCUGGUUGAUAGCAUUGCUCCAACUGUUUUUGGUCACCAAGAUAUCAAACGAGCAAUUCUUCUUAUGCUCUUGGGCGGUGUCCACAAGUUCACUCAUGAAGGCAUUAACCUUAGAGGUGACAUCAAUGUUUGUAUAGUUGGAGAUCCCAGCUGUGCAAAAUCUCAGUUUCUCAAGUACACUUCAGGUAUAGUCCCUAGAUCUGUCUAUACAUCUGGGAAGUCCUCAUCUGCUGCUGGUUUAACUGCAACAGUUGCCAAAGAACCCGAAACUGGGGAAUUCUGCAUUGAGGCUGGUGCACUGAUGCUUGCUGACAAUGGCAUUUGUUGCAUUGAUGAAUUUGACAAAAUGGAUAUCAAGGACCAGGUUGCAAUUCAUGAAGCCAUGGAACAGCAGACAAUAAGCAUCACAAAAGCAGGAAUUCAGGCAACACUUAAUGCUCGAACAUCAAUCUUAGCUGCAGCUAAUCCUGCAGGAGGACGCUAUGAUAAGUCUAAACCACUUAAGUAUAAUGUGGCUCUUCCUCCUGCAAUUCUUUCAAGAUUCGAUCUAGUUUAUGUGAUGAUUGAUGACCCAGAUGACCAGGUUGAUUAUCACAUUGCUCAUCACAUUGUGAGAGUUCAUCAGAAACAUGAAGAUGCACUUGCUCCUGCAUUCACAACUGCUCAACUGAAGCGUUACAUUGCAUAUGCAAAAACUCUGAAGCCAAAGCUCAAUUCCGAAGCAAGAAAACUUUUGGUGCAAUCUUAUGUUGCUCUGCGGAAAGGUGACACAACUCCUGGUAGUAGAGUUGCUUAUCGCAUGACGGUUAGACAGCUGGAGGCAUUGAUCAGACUGUCUGAAGCCAUUGCUCGAAGUCAUUUGGAAAAUCAGGUUCAACCACGUCAUGUUCGUUUAGCAGUGAGAUUGCUGAAAACAUCCAUCAUCAGUGUAGAGUCCAGUGAGAUUGAUUUAUCUGAGUUUCAAGAAGGAAAUCGUGAUGAUAGUGAUGGUGGCAAUGAUGGAAAUGGUGACGCUGAUCAAGGCGUUGCUCAACCAAGUAAUACUGAAGCUGGGCCAGCUUCUGGAAGUACAGCAGGUAGAGAUGGUUUGGCAAGUCAACAGGGUAAAAAACUUGUGAUAAGUGAAGAAUACUUUCAGAGGAUUACACAAGCCCUGGUCUUGCGUCUUAGACAGCAUGAAGAAGCUGUAACACGAGAUGGGACUGGGCUGGCUGGAAUGAGGCAAGGGGAGUUGAUCAGAUGGUAUGUGGAACAACAGAAUGAGAAAAAUAGCUACAGUUCCGUAGAGGAAGCAAAGAAUGAAGCCACGAAAAUCAAAGCUAUUAUAGAGAGUUUGAUUCGCAGAGAAGGCUACUUGAUAGUGGUAGAUGAUGGCAGGCAGCCAGAAGCAGACGGCGAAGGUGCAAGGCAAUCAUCAUCUCGAGAUGACAGAAUAUUAGCAGUGGCUCCCAAUUAUGUUGUAGAGUGAUAUGAUCUGUUCACAGCUGCUGAAACACGAGGUUCAUCCAUUGUUCCUAAUCUCACAAUGUUAUGUAUUUAACUUCUCCAAAUGAUCUGGCACAUUCACACGGUGUGUUUGUAGUUAUAUUAUGGAAAUGUUUGUGAAUGUUGCCAUUAAAACUACAAAUUGUAGGGUUAA